GAAUAAGUCGGAACCAUUCGUGCCCACCAAAAAGGAUAUACCAUAUCGAACUCGAGUUACAUAAAAGGACUAUUCGCACUAUAUAUUCAAUAUCCUUUUUGCUCCCAACGGACAUAGAAAAAGGAUACGCGAUCAGUGAACUAGAGGGACUGUGAAAAAGGGAUUUAAAAGCCCUCUAAAACGCACUACGUUCCAAAAAAGUGUCGCAUCGAAAAUCUCCGCAUAGUUGGGCACCUUAACCCCGAACCAGAGACUUAACCAGCAGAAUGCCCAGUAAGAAGAAGCCGCAGGCAGAGGCCGCAGCUGGCGAGGAUGGAGAUAUCGUGAUCUCUGGUAUCUCCGGUAAACUGCCAGAAAGCAGUAGCAUCGAAGAGUUCAAGUACAACCUGCUCAAUGGCAUAGACAUGGUCACAGAAGAUCCCAGGCGCUGGGAGGCAGGCAUCUACGGUCUUCCCGAGCGCAUGGCUAAAAUGAAGGACUCCGAUUUGGAGAAGUUCGAUGACAAAUUCUUCAGCGUCCACCAGAAGCAGGCGGAGCUGAUGGACCCCUGCAUGCGAAUGCUGCUCGAACUGACCCACGAGGCCAUCAUAGAUGCCGGCAUCAAUCCCGUCCAGCUGCGUGGAAGUCGCACUGGCGUCUACAUCGGGCUCUCCUUCGUGGAGACGGAGCAUGAGAUACCCAAUAUGGAGCCGAGCACAAUCAAUGGCUACUGCUUGACGGGAUGUGCACGAGCCAUGUUCGCCAACCGGAUCUCGUACACGUUUGACUUUAAGGGUCCCAGCUUCAUAGUAGACACCGCGUGCUCCAGUUCGCUGGUGGCCCUGAAUCACGCUUUCGCGGACAUGCGGGCUGGUCGCUGUGACUACGCCUUGGUGGCGGGCGUGAAUCUCAUCCUGAAACCGAUCUUUGCCCUCCAGUUUCUGCGGCUGGGCAUUGUGAGCCAUGAUGGCGCUUGCAAGACAUUCGAUGCGGCGGCCAACGGCUAUGCCCGAGCGGAUACGUGUGCGGUGGUCCUGCUCCAACGGAGGAAGGAGGCCAAGAGGGUCUACGCCAGUAUCCUUAAUGUGCGCACCAACACGGAUGGCUUCAAGGAGCAGGGCGUAACCUUUCCGGACGGACGCAUGCAGCAUACACUGCUGGAGGAGACUUACAGCGAGAUCGGACUGAAUCCAGACGAGGUGGUCUACGUAGAGGCGCAUGGCAGUGGUACACCCGUGGGCGACGACCAGGAGGCCAACAUGCUCAGUAAUUUCUUCUGCCGUCCUUCGCGACCAAGUCCCUUGCUCAUUGGAUCCGUCAAAUCCAACAUGGGCCAUGCCGAGCCGGCGUCGGGUGUUAGUGCCCUGGCCAAGAUGAUCAUCGCAAUGGAGGAGGGUGUGAUCCCGAAGAAUCUGCACUACCGCACCCCGAACCCUGCGGUUCCAGCUUUGGUCGACGGACGUCUCAAGGUUGUGGAUCGAAAUCUGCCCUGGCAGGGUGGCAUUGUGGGUUUGAACUCGUUUGGCUUUGGCGGAGCAAAUGCUCAUGUCGUUCUCAGAUCGCAUGCGAAAUCCAAAACUCCCAGGGCAUCAUCCAAGCAGUCCCUGAGGCUGGUCACCUGCUCCGGACGCACAGAGGAAGCUGUGCAGAAGCUACUAUCAGUGGCCACCGAGAACCGCCAAGAUCAGGAGCUGCUGACCCUUAUUAACGACAUCCAUGCUCAGCCGAUUCCUCUGCAUCCGUUCAGAGGAUAUGCUGUCCUGGGCUCUAGUGGUUCCGUCAAGCAGGAGGUGCUGCCCUUCGAGGAGGAAGAGCGACCAAUUUGGUUUGUUUAUGCCGGCAUGGGAAGCCAGUGGCCCAGCAUGGCCAGGGAUCUCAUGAAGCUGGAGGUAUUCCGGAAGUCCAUAGAACAAUGUGCCGAGGUCCUGUCCAAGCUGGACUUUGAUCUAAUUGACGUCCUGACCCGUUCCACGGAACGCACCUUUGACAACAUGCUGUAUUCCUUUGUCUCCGUGUCCGCCAUUCAGGUGGCUCUAACGGAUCUCCUCCGCACGCUGAACAUCCGACCAGAUGGAAUCAUUGGCCACUCGGCCGGAGAGUUGGGAGCAGCCUACAUGGAUGGAUGUUUGACGGCAGAGCAAACUGUGCUGGCCGCUUACUGGCGUGGAAGGAGUGUCCUGGACACUCCGGACUUGCCGCGAGGCAAAAUGGCGGCAGUGGGUCUCAGUUGGGAGGAGAUAGGAGGCCACAUCCCGAAGGACUGCUAUCCGGUGUGCCACAACAGCGAUGACAACUGCACAAUUUCAGGUCCAGCAGCCUCCAUGGAUGCCGCCAUCAAGAAGCUUACGGCCGAGGGAAUCUUUGUGCGGGAAGUGGGCUCUGGAGGAUAUGCUUUCCAUAGUCCUUAUAUCGAGGGAGCAGCUCCCAUGCUUAGCCGAAAUCUGGAGAAACUGAUCACCAAGCCCAAGGAAAAGAGUCCACGCUGGCUGAGCACCAGUGUCCACGAAUCAGAGUGGGACACGGAGAAAAACAGCUUGGCAUCUGCUGGCUACUUUAUAAAUAAUCUGAUCUCACCCGUGCUCUUCCAGCAGGCCAUCAAGAAGAUACCAGAGAAUGCACUUAUUGUGGAGAUUGCACCGCAUGGCCUUUUCCGGGCGAUUCUUCGCUCGCUGAGUCCCCAGAUCAGCUACGUGAGUCUCAUGCAGCGCGGUCAUGCAAACAAUUUUGAGUUUCUGCUGAGCCAGAUUGGAAGGCUCUUUGCUGCCGGUGGUCAGCCACAAGUCCUGAAGAUCUCCCCGCAAAUAUCCUAUCCCGUAUCACGAGGCACACCCAUGUUGGGUUCCUCGAUUGGCUGGGAUCACUCGCAGAAGUGGAACUACCCCAAGUUCAAGGGUGGGCGACAGGCUGGCCAGCUGAGUGUAGAGCUGGACCUGAGCAAGGAGGAAAACGCAUUCCUGGCGGGACACACUAUUGAUGGCAGGAUCCUCUUUCCGGCCACGGGCUACAUGACGCUCGCCUGGAUGAGUCUGGCCCAGCAGCAGGGAUUGGACUAUCUGCGCACCCCCGUUCUCUUUGAGAAUGUCGUUUUCCACCGGGCCACGAUUCUGGGAGUAGGAACAGUGGUCAAGCUAACGCUUAACUUCUUCCCAGGUAGCAGCUGCUUCGAAAUCUGCGAGGGUAGCAGCCUGGUGGCCUCGGGAAAGAUCCAGCUGGUAUCGGGUAACGUGCAGCAGGAACAGCUCCAGCUGCCUUCACUUCCAGGUAUCGCUGGGUCCCGGCGUCUAAGCACCAAGGAUAUUUACAAAGAGCUAAGACUGAGGGGCUACGACUAUAGCGGGGUUUUCCAGGGAAUCCUGGAGUCUGACAUUGCGGCGGUAAAGGGCCGUCUGCAGUGGGCAGACAACUGGAUCAGCUUCAUGGACACAAUGCUGCAGUUCCGAAUCUUGAGCAAGGACAUCCGAGAGCUCUACGUGCCCACAGGUAUCGAGCGGGCUCUGAUUAAUCCCCUCAAGCACUUGGAGCUGGUGAAGAAGCACCAGGAGAAGCUGCCUGUCAACUGGCACAGCAAUAUAUCGGUGGUCAAAUGCGGCGGCGUGGAGAUCCACAAGAUGAAGACCGCUCAGACACAGAGGCGAUCGGGCGGCCAAUCGGCGCCCAGUGUGGAACGCUAUCGAUUCUGGCCCUAUGUCCAGCAUCUGAGUCAGCGGGAGGAUCAGCAGAGAUCGAGGAGCUCGGUCUUGGCAGUUGCCAUUCAGCUCAUCGUCGAAAACAGCGGCGGGGCUGUAAAGAUCAAGGGUGUGGAACUGGCUGAAAGUCGCUCCACUCUGGAUACUCUGAGUGCCGUGCAGCUUGUUAGGCUGAUUGAGAGGGAACCCAUUCUGGUGGGCGAUCUGUCGGUAGUCACCUCCACCUCUGCCAAUGAAUCAGAGCUCAGUGAGCAGCUCAAGGAACAUGGCAUUCGAGUGGUGGUCAAGGAUGUCUCAGCUGGGGCCGUGGAUCAACAGUGCCACUUUGUCCACUCCGUGGAUAUGUUAUCGAAAAAAUCUCUCAAAGAUCUGCAGCAUUGCCUUGAAAGCCUAAAAUCAGAGACUGGAUUCCUGCUCCUGGAUGAAUCAGGAAGCACAUACACGCAAGUAGGAAAAGAAAAGCUAGGUAAACUCCAAUUAGUGCCCGUAUUGGAGCAGUUCUUUGGAUCAGAUCGUGUGCUGGUCUUGGCCAGGAGGUCUGCAAGUCCCAGUCAACAUCUGAUAAUGCAGCUAAGCAACAAACAGUUCAAGUGGGUCAACGAACUAAAGAACUAUAUGGUUAAGGCCCAAGCUGAAAGCAGAAUCCUCUACUUGGUGGCCCAAGGUGAGCCCGACUCUGGUGCCUUGGGGUUGAUGAAUUGCCUGAAGAGGGAGGCUGGAGGAAACAGUGUCCGCCUUUAUCUAAUCCUGGACGAAGGUCUGCCCAACUUUUCCCUGGAGGAACCCUUCUACGCCGGACAAUUGGCCAAGGAUCUGGCUAUUAAUGUGUACAAGAAUGGCAACUGGGGCAGCUACCGUCAUCUGAAAAUGGAUUCCCAAGCACCUAUGUUGCCCGUGGAACAGGCUUAUGUGAACACUCUGGUUAAGGGCGAUCUCUCCUCGCUUCGCUGGAUCGAGAGUCCGCGUUCCAGUCCCUCACAGUCCCAUCUGGAGCCCUGCACCGUGUACUAUGCUCCUCUUAACUUCCGGGAUGUUAUGCUGGCCUCGGGAAAAUUAGGAGUGGACGCUUUGCCAGGCGACCUGGCCUAUCAGGAUUGUGUUCUGGGACUAGAGUUCUCUGGCAGAGACUCUCGCGGGCGUCGCGUAAUGGCCAUGGUCACGGCCAAGUCGCUGGCCACUAACUGCUUGGCCAACAAGAGUCUGCUGUGGGAAAUUCCCGAGAAGUGGACCAUGGAGCAGGCCUCCACGGUACCAUGUGUCUAUGCCACCGUCUAUUACGCCUUGGUGGUGCGAGGUCAGAUGAAAAAGGAUGAGAAGAUCCUUAUUCACGCCGGCUCCGGCGGGGUCGGCCAGGCAGCCAUCUCGGUGGCUCUCUCCCAUGGACUGACCGUGUUCACAACAGUCGGAAGCAAGGAGAAGCGCGAAUUCCUGCUAAAGCGUUUUCCCAAGCUUCAGGCCAAACAUAUUGGGAACUCCCGGGACACAUCCUUUGAGCAGCUGAUCAUGAACGAAACCCAUGGCGAGGGAGUGGAGCUAGUGCUCAAUUCCUUGUCCGAGGAAAAGCUUCAGGCCUCCAUCCGCUGUCUGGCCCUUAAUGGACGCUUUCUGGAGAUUGGCAAGUUCGAUCUGAGUAACAACACUGCUUUGGGUAUGUCGGUGUUCCUCAAAAACACAUCCUUCCACGGUAUUCUUUUGGACAGUGUGAUGGAGGGCGAGGAGGAGAUGCAGCUGGUAGUGGCCAAAUUGGUAUCCGAGGGCAUCAAGAGCGGAGCUGUGCUGCCGCUGCCCACUACUGUCUUUGCGGAUCAGGAGAUCGAGAAGGCCUUCCGGUUUAUGGCCUCAGGCAAGCACAUUGGCAAGGUGGUGAUCAAGGUGCGCCUCGAGGAGGAGCAGCAAACAACUCAGCCGCGUCUCCGCCAGAUCCAGGCAAUUCCACGCUCAUACAUGCAUCCGGAAAAGAGCUACAUCCUGGUUGGCGGUCUCGGAGGAUUCGGCUUGGAGCUGGCCAACUGGUUGGUCUCCCGGGGUGCCCGCUUCUUGGUCUUGAGUUCACGUUCCGGACUGAAGAGUGGCUAUCAAGCCCUGAUGGUUCGACGCUGGCACGAUCGCGGUGUCCAGGUGCUGAUUGAUACCAAUGACGUGACCACUACGACGGGUUGCCAGAAGCUGCUGGAGGUGAGCAAUAAGUUGGCCCUGGUCGGUGGCAUCUUUAACUUGGCAGCAGUGCUUCGGGAUGGCCUCAUUGAGGAUCAAAGUCCGAAGAACUUCGCGAAGGUGACAGCGCCCAAACUGCUGGCCACUAAGCAUCUGGAUCAGAUCUCACGGGGCCUCUGUCCCGCUCUGGAGUACUUUGUAUGCUUCUCGAGCCUGGCUUGUGGUCGAGGAAACCUGGGUCAGACUAACUAUGGACUGGCCAACUCCGGCAUGGAACGUAUCUGCGAGCAGCGACAGGUCGAUGGUUAUCCGGGCAUGGCCAUUCAGUGGGGAGCCAUCGGUGACACCGGCCUCAUCAUUGAUCACAUGGGCAACAAUGACACAGUGGUGGGCGGCACCCUGCCGCAGCGGAUGAACAGCUGCCUGGAGACGCUGGAUCUGUUCCUGCUGCAACCCCAUCCCGUCAUGGCCUCCAUGGUGAUGGCUGAGAAGCGGAAAACCGGGGACCAGUCCAAUCGACUGAGUCUAAUCGCCACCAUUGCGAAUAUUAUGGGACUGCGGGAUGUGAAGAGUGUUUCCGACAAGACAACGCUCUUCGACUUGGGCAUGGACUCGCUGAUGAGCACAGAGAUCAAGCAGACCCUGGAGCGACACUUCGAUCUGGUGCUGAGUGCCCAGGAGAUCCGAGCGCUGACCUUCAGCGCCCUGCGGCAGAUCGACGCCCAGGAACCGAGAGUCACUACAUCCAGCGUCUCUGCAUCGUCCUCAAACGCAUCUCCCGCCAAGGAGGAGCCGCAGGUACAAGUGCAGCCGCAGAGCGAUGAGACACGCAAGGUAUUUGCCGAGGAAGUAUUACCCCAGGAGGUGAUGGUACGCCUUCAGUCGAAGGCGCCGGUAUCCUGCGAGGAUCCGGCAGUAUUCUUCCUGGCGCCCAUCGAGGGCUUCACCAUAGCCGUGGAGGCGCUGGCCGCCUCGCUCACCUGCCCCGCCUACGGUCUCCAAUGCACCGAGCAGGUGCCUCUCGACUCCAUCGAGGCCUGUGCCGCCUACUAUCUCCUCCAGAUCCAAAGGCUUCAGCCCCGUGGUCCCUACAACAUCGUCGGCUAUUCCUAUGGCUGUCUGCUGGCCCAUGCCAUCGGCGUGGCAUUGGAGCAGCGUCGCUUCGGGGUCAAGGUGAUCAUGCUGGACGGAGCGCCCACCAUGGCUAGCGGUUACGUCCAGGAAGCCAAGAAGCAGACAGACGAUCUCAAUCGCCAACAGUCCAUGACAUUGGCCUACUUUGGUGCCCUGCUCGCCGAUGUGGACUACAACCAGCUGCUGAACCUCCUCGAUGGCGUUCAGACGUGGACCUUGAAGCUUGACAAACUGGCCGACACACUGGCCAUUCACACGAAUCAAACCAAAGAAAGGAUAAAGAAAGCCGCCUGCAUGUUUAAGCAAAAGCUAAUGCUUUCCGAGAGUUACAAGGGCGCUCAGCAGCUCCACAGCGACGUGGUUUUGAUCAAAUCGGCCGAGCACAAUGCGAUCAUGGCACAGGAUUAUGGUCUAACAGAGAUCUGCAGUGCCCAGAUCGAUAUGCAUGUGGUAGAGGGCACACACAGGACCUUCCUCAAGGAGCCGCACACCCUUCAGAUAAUCGAACGCGUGCUGAGGAAGCGUCCCUAAUGGAAUAUACCUAGUUUGUAGCCUUAUAAAUACGAUUGUGUUGAUGAUUUAUUUUGUAGCUCUUAAGGUAUCCCCUCUACUAAUAUACCUAGUUUGUAGCCUUAUAAAUACGAUUGUGUUGAUGAUUUAUUUUGUAGCUCUUAAGGUAUCCCCUCUACUAAUACGAAUACACGUAUCAAUCUGGCACGGAUUGUUUAAGCACUA